CAUAGUAAUCAAUAUUCAAAUGGUUUAAAUCACUCGGUUUAAAUGAUAGUUUAUGUCACCACAUAAAAAUUCAUCUAUUGUUAAAUAAAAAAGAAGAAAAGAAGUCGAGGAAAUUGGGGAAGUAGGGUUUUCUUGUAUCUUGUUAGGGUUUCAGUUUUCAGAUUUUAGUGAAAACUGCAUUCUCAAUUUCCCAUGUCAUGAAAUCAGACGGAACGCCAAUACCCUCUACAUCGUCCCCUGAGUUCCUUCUGCGCAGCAGCAAUAGAAUAAGCACAAGCAAAAGCGGCUCAUCUUUCGUCGCCAACCACCUCCAAAUCUUCUCUAGGCUUUCGUAUCGACGACAACGUUCAAGAUCCGUUGUUUCGCGUAUGCCAGUUGGGUCUUUCCUGAAGAAUUGCAGCUUUUGACGGAGAUCGUGUUACCAGUGUUGCUUCUCCAUCUAUUGGAUGGCUGUAGUGUAGAUCCACUGGAGCUUUGUUGUAAUACCUUAUGGGUGCACCCAAACAAAAGUGGACAGCAGAUGAAGAAGCAGCCUUGAAAGCCGGAGUUAUCAAGCAUGGUGCUGGAAAAUGGAGGACAAUACUUAAGGAUCCUGAAUAUAGUGGUGUCUUAUACCUCCGAUCGAAUGUGGACCUCAAGGACAAAUGGCGAAACAUGAGUGUUAUGGCAAAUGGAUGGAGCUCUAGGGAGAAGUCCAAGUUAGCUGUCAAGCGGGUGCACCAUGUUCCGAAACUCGAAGAGAGUCCUUUGCCUGCUGACAAGGAUGUCAAAAGUGAUGACGCUGCUGUGGAUGUCAAGGCUCAUGAAGUUCCUCUGAUGCCUAUUCCUUCUCAAAACAGAUCUACCAUAAGUGGGAAAUUUGGAGAUGGGAGCUCAACUGCAUGGAUGUGUGAGGAAGAUGGUUUCAAGUAUAGUCUUAAGGCCUUCAACACAAUCAUGAAUAUGUAUGUGAAAUGUGGGCCACCAUCCAAAGCAAGAGCCAUGCAGACAAAGGGCAAAGCUGUGUUUCAUAUGUUCACUGAGAUGUUUCAAGAAGCUAAUACUGAUGAUUUCACCGGAAGCAGGCAAACUCCCUAUCGUAUGCAUGCCCUCUCUGGUAGGGGGAUUAGUAAGGUUCCUGGAAUGAGUUCUAUACAUAUAGGAGGCCAUGUUCAUCAGUUUACUAUUGGUGAUAAGUCUCACCCUCCAACUCCAGAGAUCUAUCAUACCCUAGAUGAUAUAAUAAUGAGGAUGAGGCUAGCUGGUUAUGUUCCACAUACUUCUCCCAGGCUGGGUAAUCUAAUUCUGGAGGCUAUUGCCACCUUGAAGGAGCCUGAUGGUUCACAUAAGACAGCGAUUGCUUCAUACAUAAAGGAGCAAUAUUGGCCACCUCAAGAUUUUAAGAGGAUAUUGUCAGCAAAAUUGAAACAUUUGACUUCGUCUGGCAAACUAAUCAAGGUCAAACGCAAGUACAGGGAAGCACCAGCUUCAUUUUCCAACAGGAGGAGUGCGUCCAUGUUUCUGCUGGAAGGAAGAGAUAGGUUAUUUCGAAGAGCUGAGCGACUGGAGGAUUUUAACGUGGCUAGAAAACCACAGGUUGACUGUGAGCUAUCUAGGAUGAGAAAAAUGAGUGCAAGAGAGGCAGCAGCUGUGGCUGAUCAAUUAGUUUCGGAGGCAGAGGCUGCCAUGGCAGAAGCAGAAGAGGCAGUAAGAGACGCUGAGGCCGCCGAAGCUCGUGCAGAGAAGGCAGUAGCAUUUUCUGAAGCAACAACGAAGACAAUGAAAGGAAGGACCAAUUCUAAGGCAGUAAACACCUAUGGACCCCUCUUCUGAACCCAUCAUUGUCAAUCUCCCACACGCGUGUUUCUUCCUUCUUAGUGUGUAUUGAUGAUGCGUAUUAUUGCAGAUGAGAGCCUGAUGGAGAUCGAUGGUAGGAAUUGGGAUCAAUAGCCAAGCAAAGGAGUAGUUGUAUGCCGAGUCCUGUAAAUAUGGAGAUGAGGAAGCAAAGGGAUCCAGCAUUGAUUAGGAUUCGACCAGUUGACUUGGGUACAUUCAUUAAUAAUCAUCCAGAGAUUGACACAAGGGACCAUCGUUGAUUCACCAACCUAACUGUUGACUUUUCCUUUGCAUGGGCUGUGUAGGGUUGAGUUAUUUUGUCUUUUUUUUUUUUGUAGAAAUUGAGUUAUUGUCUUUUUUUUUUUGGGUAGAAAUUGAGUUAUUUUGUCUGGUGUUCUUUAUUUUGUCUGGUUCCCUGGAGAAGGUUGCAAUGAAGAAGAGGAACUAGGAAACCGAAGCAGAAGUGCUGUAACUUGAAGAGACGUGUACUGAAAAUGAAAAGGAGGAUAGGUUAAUUUAUGUGACCUCUGUUGUGUAUAUAAGAGAUACAACUUACGUAGUUCGUAAAAAAAAAAAAAAACAACAAAAAGCAAGACAAUUUUUGUUUUCUUUUUAGAUGCUCACUUGUGUUUGUACUCUUCGUAAAUUUGGGAUAAGUAUGUUUGAUUAGAGCUCAG